AUGAUGACUCCUCCCACCUUGAUUUGUACAAACAACACAACAAACAUCACCACAACAACAUCUUCAUCAUUGGCUUACAAAGAACCAUCUCCGAGUGCCACUGCUGUCGAUAAUCGAACACACCAUUCUGAGUCUUCUCCCACAAGCACCAACAGCACCAUCUCCACACCCGCUCAUCGAAUUUCACACGGCAGUGGAAGCAACGGCGGCGAUGAUGACGAUUCCACAUGUGUCAUCUCCAGUAGCAGCUGCACCUUCAGUAAUCAACACACCAACAACUCGACUUCCUUAUCGAAUUCAGUGAACACCUCCAACUCGAUGCUUUCACGAAAGAGAGCGAGUCAUGGGGAUCAGCUUCACGACGACGAUGAAGAUGUUAUUGACGACGAUCAGGAUGGAUUUACCAAUGAGGAUCAAGAAGGAACCUUGAUGAUGAUGAUGGACAACAUGGAAAUGACGAUGAUGAAUCGUAAUAAUACACAUCAAUACAAUCAUCAUCAACAUCAUAACAGUAACAACAACCACAAUUCCAACAGCGGAGCGAGUAUCGACGAUAUAUUGAAAGGACUCGCCUCUCAACGUUCAACCUCCUCGAAUCUUCAUCAUCCUUUCCUUCCAAAUUCAUCAUCCUCUUCCGUUUCAUUCAAUAACAACAACAACAAUAGUAUUACUAUUCCUUAUCAUCCUCAUCACGAUGAUCCAAACCAACAUCAAUACAACAACCAGGUGAACGUACGGAAACAUUCCUCGCCCAAUAAUCUCUUCUUUCAUCAAUCGACUCAUAACGCUAAUAAUAAUAUUGGGCUCAGCAAUAACAACGCACAAACAACAAUAACAACUCAAACUAGAGGUUCCUCAUCAUCUUCACCAACGAUCAUUCCAUCCUCUCAAAAUGUUCCUCCAAAAUCAUCAUCUUCACCCUCUAAAAAGAAGAAACAACAACAACAGAAACAAAAUGGCGAGACUUUGACUAUCAGUGUAUCCGCUUCAUCCGCAUUCUCUCAGAAACAACAAAAAGCCUCAAUCAUCACUCCUAGUACAGAAAUAUCGGCAUCUUCUUUAACAAAUUCCACGACAACUCCAACAACAUCUACCAAUCGAAAGCUUUCUCUUUCUGUUUCCAUUCAAAAGAGAAUUUCCUCGUGGCGUUCCAAUCAUAAAAAUUCCAAUCCUACAAAAUCCAAUAAGAAACAAGAAGCUCCAUUGAAUCAACAACAAUCACACAAACAUUCUCGAAGUCAUUCAGAAAGUCUUGUGAAUAAUCUUUCUCAUAACGUUAGUAAUAGCAGUAGUAGUAGUAGUAUUGUGUUUGGAAAUGAAGAAUCUACUGUCUUGUUAGUGAACUCUGCAAAAACUUCCGCUUUGGCAACAACGGAAAAGAGUUUGGAGAAGAGUUAUGGAACUGUUUUGGGGUCUUCUUCUUCUUUGUCGACAACAAUGGAGGAUCUUCACCAUUCAUCGAAUUCACAAAUGCAAUCGCUGAAAUCCAUACUCGCUCAGAACAAAUUUAGACAUCAUCAAAAUAAUUAUGAAUGUGUGGAUUCUGAUGAGUCGCCAGUGACAUCAGCUUCUACCGUGGAACCCUUGUCACCAUUUCCAAGCAAUAACCAACACAACGGCCAAAACAUUCACAACAACCUUGGUUUUGGUUCUCCUCCAAAAUUAAUCAUCCCCAAUGUAGCAUCAUCAACAAAUGAGUCAUGUGAAUCUUAUCAGAAUCAACAUUCUCAACUAAAACCUAAGAAGUUGGAUUUUUCGAUUGAUUUAUCUUCAGUAUUGGAUAAUGACACUUCAUCAAAUCAACUUAGAUUGAAAUCCAAAUUGGCUCCACUGACAGCGAGAGCAAGGGGAGACAGCUCAAUCAAACAUCCAUUCGAUUAUUUGAAAGGAAGCGUUUCAUCACAUCAACCGUCACAGCCACUAGCAAUUCCUGUUGUUUUGACAAGAAAAAGAUCACUUCCAACAACACCUGAAUUUCUAAGUAUGAAUUCACAUAACAAAAAAUCAACGCCACGAGAUGAAGCAGCAUUCAGCAAUAAUCGAGUUGCUGGACAACAAUCUGUGUCGCAACAAUCAAACCUGUCAACAACCAUUUCAUUGACAACGCCUCAUAACACUAAAGACGAUACUGUACUAGUAAGCUCGCUUCCAUCCUCUACAAACAGUCCAAAUGAGGAACAGGGAAUUCAUGUGUUGUCUAUUCCAGUUCUAACCAUAACCACAACGGCACCAACAGAACAUCAAAUUGUGAUAGAAAAACCAAAACAAAAUUUCAUGACGGUGAUGAGUGCUGAUACCUUGAUAUUAGUUUCUUCAUUCAUUUAUGAUGACAAUUAUGAGAAACAAAUUGAGAAUUUUUCAUUUUUGACUUCACAUGACAUUUUCACAACACUGAUGCUUGUUUGCCGAGCUUGGUAUGAAAAAUUGAACGAAGAUUUGGUGUGGUCUUUCAGAUAUCGACAAUUUUUGAACAAUCUCUUGAAACAUUAUUCUAAAUCUGUGAAUGCUUAUUUUGUGACGUAUGGCAACGAAAAACAUCCUCUUCAAAGGAAAAACUCAUCCACCGAUUUCGAUAAGAAAUAUACUCCCAUCCACAAGAGAUACAAAUUUUUGAAGAAUUUACAAAAGGAAAUGAACAAUUUUAAACCUCCAGCAAUAUUGACGACCAAUGCUAAUGCUUCAUUGACAACAAUAGGCACAACGAUGAAUGUUCCCAACAACUCGAAUCAUUCACUUUCCGUACGGAGAGGAACCAUUGCUCAUCUGAAACCUGGAUACAAUAUGGACUCCACAACAUCUUCCACAGCAAAGCCAACUGACACCUUCAGAAAGAGAACUUCCAGCAAUGCCGAGUUGACUUCUCCACGUUUCGAAGAUUUACCUAAAUUUGCUGCAUUUGGUGGCACCACUCCACGAACACCUGUAGCACUCACAAAUUUCUCUUCUCCAAGAAAACACGCACAUUCGAGUGUGUCCUUGUCCAAUGUUCCUCCUGGAUUGAAACCAGUCGGAUUUCAUCUGUUUACAGAUAUGGCUAGUGGAGGUAGUGGUAAUGGCAGUGGUGACAGCGUUACAACAGCGAACAAUUCGAAAAUUUCACUUCCAUUGUCCAUCAAUAAGAAUUUCACUUUUAAGGAAAAGUUUAUGGAUCUGCUUCGAGAUGAGUAUUGUAGUAAUGUGAGAAUUGCGCUCAGGACUAUGAACCCACUCAAAUUCAUCAAGUGUCUCAUUAUUGAGGAUGAAACAUUGUCUCGAAUGCAAUUUUAUUAUCAUAUUCACUUGUUCUAUGCAUUGAAGCUGUUUAUUGACGGGGCCAAGAAGGUCAUUCACUCCAAAGACAAGAGCGACACAUCAAAUACUCCUGAAACUUCCAAUCUGUCUUCGGUGUCAUCGUCAACAUCGAGUCUGUCAUCCAAGCCAAAUAGAUUUGUUCAGGAAGUGUUACGAACGAGCUCAGCAACUCUCUUCUCUAUUAUUCUCUCUGGAUUGAAGGAUCUGAAGCAUGAUUUAGCGUUGCGACCACAAAAUUAUCCAGAAUUUUAUAAGGAAGUGAAAAAUAUUCAAAAUUUCACAUCUGUCUAUUCGGCAUCGAUUGCAAAUCAAGUAGCCUACAUUGCAGAAAAGUUGACGACGAGAUACUUUUUAAUUAUUUUUGAUAAGCUUAACCCGCCUAUCAAUUUCGAUGUUCUGAAAUCCUUCAUGACAGCCUAUCCAAGUAUUGCUGAUAACAAACUCUUAUUAAUCGUUUUGGAUCGAGCAAGAGAAACAUUCUUUCAUUCACCUAUGGAGGGUGAUUCCUUUGUACAACCAUUUUCAAGCGGCCCCUUGUCAACACUUGCUGCGUCCAAGCAGAAUCGGGUGGAAUUUGCGUUUUUACAAUUUCUCGUUGAGAAUGUGUUGCCAAUUAUUGCAAGAGAGAAGGCAGAUUCAAGAAGAAUUAUUGACCUAUUAAUGGACAUUCUGACAAGCCGUUAUAGUUUAAAUCUCAAAGAAUUGUGUGCCUAUUAUAGACACUUAUCGGGUGAAGCAUUGAGCUCUGGCCACGUAACAGUAGAUCCAUAUUUUCUUCUCGUCGUUUCAUGUUUUAAAUUUUCACAGCAUAAUUCGAGCACCUUAUCAAACAUUGACACAACCAGCUCUUUCAACAGCAGUGUUUCCUCAUCUUCCAAGUACGAAGAUGAUGUUCUCGUUCAUCCACAAUUCUUUGAGUAUUUAAUUGACAAGUUUGAAAUUGAUGUGAAUAGAAAAGAAAUUUUGUUCUUCCUGUUGAAACACAAACAAACACUUCCCUACUUGGAGGCAUUGAAGAAAGCAGGAAAAAUUGAUAUUCGAUUUGUUCACAGAUGUUUCCACAGCAAGCACUUCGCCGAGUUUCUCACCAAACUUUAUUAUUCUGGUUCGGUGGGUCCUUAUCAAUGUCUUGACACUGUGCUUCAACAAUUUAACAUUGAUCCACUUGCUGAUUUUGAAAGUGAAAAUUCAUUCAAAUCAUUGGAGGAGGCUUGGAAAUCCUCUAUUAACACUACUCGGUCACUGACACGAAGCUAUGGAAGUACGAAAAACAAGGACAAUUUCCUCAAAAUUAUUUCAAGAAUUGAAGCGAAACAAAAUGGGUACAGCGCCACGUAUCAUGUGAAUUUAUUGAAAAUUUUCAAGGUGAUCCUUCGAAGAUGUAAAGAACAGGACAAGAAGUUUAAUUUACAAAAAAUUGACCGUGACAUGAAAAUUUCAUUCAAUUUCAUUACACAUUCCUUUUUGACUGAUUUAGGACAUUAUCAUGAAUCCAACUAUAGAAAUACUACUUUGGAAAUGUGUGAAUUAUUAAUUGGAUCAGCAAACGCUCUCAUUGAUUGUUCUGUUUUGAAAUUCAUUCUCCAAAGAAUUGAAGUUGAAGAUGCCACCAUUCGAGGGAAGAAUUCCAAACAAAUUGCCUACUAUUACCAAAAUCAAAAUUCAGAGUUGUCACACACUUCGAUCGAACUUGAACAUUCUGGAAGACUCGUGGAUCCUUCUAACAACAACAACAACACUCAAAACAUUCCAAAUUGGUACAACAAAUCAGAACUAGCUUUAAUGUCCACCGUCACCAAAGCCAUGGAAUUGCUUUUACAAAACAGUGCCAUGAUUUCAAAACUCACUUCUUUCAACACAAGUGGAUCCAAACUAGCAAGCAGCAUGUUCACAGAUAUCAUGCCCUAUUCAGAAUGGUAUUCUCAACACAAAUUAGCCAAUGAUCAUUCUCCACAUGCCGCUCAAUAUUUGCAACUCUAUGAACGCACUCGAUUAUUUAUUGCCCGAUACAACUUCAAUGCUGCUUUGGUCGAAAAAGAGAUGAAUGACAAUCAGGGCAUAUCUUCUUGUUGCGUUAUUUUGUAG